UUCAGGUUGGUAUGGAGAAAACUGUACAGAAAGAUGCAUAAACUGUGGACAGGACGGCUGUAAUAAAACAACAGGUAUUUGUAUUGAAUGUAAAAGUUAUUAUUGUGGAACAAACUGCACAGAAACUUGUCCGAAGACUUGUUCCAGGAGACGCAAGAAAAGAAGUGUAUGCCACCGUGACACUCGGCAUUGUUUGAGUGGCUGUCAAAAAGGGAUGUGGGGUGAUCGCUGCGAUAUCCCAUGCAGCAAAGGAUGUUUGAAUCGUGACUGUCGUUUCGAUGGUAUCUGUCACUGCAGACCUGGAUACACUGGUUCAGAAUGUAUAGCACCGCGAAUGGAUGAAGAAUUACCUGUAGCCGAUCCAACAAGUAUAACAAGUGCAACUGAUAACUAUAAUGGACUGAAUACACAUCAAGAUGGUGUUUCCAAACCAGGGUUUUAUGUACUUCUUUGUACUACAGUUAUCUUGAUUUUGAUAACAAUGAUGCUGUCAUUUCUGUUGGUCUACAGGUUGAGAACAUACAAGAGGAAAUAUGCCAGAGAUCUAGAGGAUAUGCUGCAAAGAGAUACCUUUUGCAGGAAAUAGACCACUCCUAUGUAAGACAUACUUUUGAAAAUUGCGUGAACGAUCAUUGAUUAUCACGUGUUUGAAAACAUCUUGUUUAAACAAAAUGAGUUACCUGGCAUUUUAAAGGAACAUUUUCAAUUCUCAGAGGACUGCUAUAAACAAGUACAGGGGUGUAACCGAGUUUUAAUAACCAGUCAUAUCAAGGGAAAGAUAAGUAUUACUGGCAAAGAAACAGCAUUUGAUCCCAGAAUAUUACCUACACAUACCCUGUUGUAAUGCCCCAAAUCUUGACCCACCGUGUGGAAUUACUAUAAAUGUCCAUGUACCAUAUGUAAAUAGCACAAAUGUUAACUCACCUUAUGUUUGUUCAGCAAAUGUCGAUGCAUCAACUGUAAAUAUUUUAUAAAAAUGUUGACUCACCUUAUAAUACAUAAACUGCACAAUAAUGCUAAACGUAUGAACGAAGCUGAUCACUGAAUAAACAAAAAGAGAGGCAAAUAUGUAAUCUAUUGGAUGUCAAACUGUGGUAAAGAUUACUUAAAAUAAACACGUACAAGACACAUUUGAUAGACAGACAAACGGACAGACGGACAUACAGAUCGGCAGGAGACUAACAAGUAUUACAGUGUCACAUGCUGUACAUAAACCAUGUAAUAUAAAUAUAUGUAUGCAGAGGUUAAAAGAUGCAGCAUCCGGUCAAACGGCCUACGAGACACUCGAAACAUUUAGAAUUCUAAAAUAUUUUAAAAUACAUUGUGCUAACUACUAAGUAAAACAAUUUAAUGUGGUUGUUAUAGAAUAUAAUACUGAUGCUAAAUUUGAUUUGGGUUAUUCAAUAAAAGAAAUCAUAAAAUUGUUAUACACUAAGUUUUUUUCUCUUGAACAUGGUUAAAAGAGUAGUUUAACCAAGUUGCCAGAACACAGAAGUGAUUUAAACUGGCCCAUAGGUCUUAAUUCAAGAACGUUAGGGUGUAUUAUAGAGGCUGCAUCCCAUAACUUCAUUC